CAUUUGCUUAAAGUUAGUGAACGUGCUAAUAUCGUGCGUACUUGUUGCUUGCUGUGAUUGCUCCUGCCAAUUCUACGUAGUGUCGUUUUAAUAUUUGUGAUUCAACUUACAACAACAAUAGUUUUGUGUGCAACAUACGAUUUUUCUUAACAUUUUUAACUUCACUACUAUUUCUUGCUGUUAUCAAAGAAAAUAGCAAUUAAAAUUCUUCUUUAUCAACUCAAUUAAGUGGCAAAUACAAUAACAACAAAACCAAAAAUAAUAAUAACAACAACAACAACUCAACUCAAAUUUUAAAAACGACAACAACAACAACAAGAGAAAAAACUCACAGUAAACAAUGCAACCGUUCAAGUGCAGCCUGAGUCUAAUAUUUUUGCUUGGUCUAUGCGGCAUGUGUUUGACUAUGCCAGGCGUCCGCGUAAAGCGACAAGGUGACUUGGCCGUUGUGGAAAUAGACGAUGAAAGUGAUUUGAAUCCUAUAAAUGCUGAGGAAGCACCCAUCGACGAUGUAGAACGAAACAAAAGAAAAUUACCCGAUGCCACAUUUGAAGCUAAAAACGCUGUUCUUGGUUUUGUGUUUGGUAAAAUCGAUCAAUUCCUCGACACCAAAACGCGCAUUGUCGAACAAUUGGACAAGUCGAAUAUCGAAAAGAAUAAACAAUAUGAUAUCAAGCCACCAGUACCAAUUAAAGACUUACAAACUCUGGUCAGCGCUGUAGUACAACCGAAAAUCCGCUCAUUGGGCAACAUUGCUAACGAUUUAACUACAGGCGUUUUGACCACAAUUACUGCAUUCAGCGGUUCAUCAGCUGGCAAUGGUAAUGCCAAUCAAGGCUUGGGUAAUAUUGUUUCGAAAUUUUUAGGAUUCUCCGGUCCAAUUUUGCAAGGCUCAGCAGGCGGUGGUGCUGGCAGCAGCACACCAGCACCUGAUUCUGAUGAAGCUGGCUACUAAGCUCAAGUAAUUUAAUAAAGCAACUUAUAUUUUAUCGAAAAGCGAUAACAUCGAUAACAAAACAGCAACGUUUAUCGUUUAUUGCUUUCAUUUGUUAAAUAAUUUUAGGCACUCAAAUUUAGAUUAAAAAAUUAUGCAUCUUCAUCUGAUUUGCAGCAACAAAAUUCGUCACAAAUUCAACAUUAAAAUUA